UUCGAUGCUGCUAGGCAACUGAGCCGCUCGCCCGGUGGGAGGGAGAAGAAGGGAUGCGUUGCGGCGACAGUUUGCGAAGCUUGAGCAGGAAUGAAGUUUACGGACUACUGCCUCAGCUCGGAGGGAGCGGGUGUUAUUUUAGCAACAUCCAGUGAUGAAAUAUAUCCUCCGGAAAACAUCAUUGACGGGCGAUCUGAAACUUUUUGGACAACAACUGGGAUGUUUCCUCAGGAAUUUAUUAUUUCCUUUCAUAAAUGUGUGACCAUUAGCAAACUCACAAUUCAAUGUUAUUUAGUGCAGAGAUUGCGCAUUGAAAAAAGUGUAUCUAAAGAUCCAGUUGAUUUUGAACAGUGCAUUGAAAAAGAGUUGCAAUGUAAAGAUGGGGAACUACAAAUAGAAGAUUUUUCUCUUCCUGAGAUCCAAGCUACGUAUCUUCGAGUCAUCAUUUUAUCUGCUUUUGAUGCUUUUGUGUCAGUUCAUAGGGUGAUAGCAGAAGGACUAUCACAAGAAAGUUCAAAUUCAAUAUUCUGAUUGCAACACAUUCAAUAGUAUUUCUAUUAUAAACCUUUUAAAAAUGUAGCUGGCAUUAAUGCAGUAUAAUGACUCUUUAAGUACACCAACUGCAGUUGGCUAUUAAUCUUUUUAAUGGAAAUUUGUUAAAAAUCUUAACUGAUGAACAUUGUUUGAAAUGGUAAUAUUUAUAUGAUGAUGUAUAUUGUAGCCGAGGUGGAGAAAUAGUCAAGAAUGUUCAUUCAUCAAAACCUCUGUAAUGUUGCCCAAUAUCUCCAAUGCAGCUUAAAUGAUAAGAAAUGAAGUCUGGGAUAAUCUUUCCUUUUAGAGUGCAAGGUUUCACUCCAUCAUUUUAUCAAGUAACAGUCACUAUAUCAUAAGAUGAUACUUAUUUAAAGAAAACAAGUUCAAUCUGGACAAGGUUUUUUGGACAUAGUUUAAUAUUGUUUAAUUUAGCAUCUUGUUUCUAUAAAUAUUUUUUCCAUAUCAGGUCAUAGUUCUCUAUGUUUUAAACUAUGGCUAUCAUAAACAAAUAUUAAUAGAAACAAAAAUAAGAAAAUUAUUACAACUAUUCCAUUCAGAAAGUUCUUCUCUGCAAACACUACUAAGUAUAGGUGUGAUUGUGCUUCUGUCCUAAAGUGAAGGGGUCUGGGUUCAAAGGAUCAUAUGCACCUGCACAUGCUAGGAGUUUGAUAGGAGUAGUCAUGCAUAUUAAUCUGCUACAAAUAUCAGCUGGUGCUGCAGCAAUGUCCUAUCCCCUACACAGGCAUCCAGAAAUCUUGGUUCUGUACAAAGACUGCUUUUGUUCAGAAUAUCUUGCAAUUCUAAAUGACCACAGACUAACAGUUCCCAAUACAGCUCUAUAGGAGGAAUAUGACAGGAAAAUGUACAGUGCAAUACUCCUGUUGCUACAGAAGAGGUCGCUGCCCUGUCUGACCACCUAGAGGCUGAUUUAUAUGAAGCCAGCCAUCAUGUGAUCCUAUUUCCAUUAUAACAUUUCAAUACCAUUAAAAGAAUUAACAGUAAUUUCAAAUACAGUUGAAACUCUGGUGAGUCAUUUCAAUUGAAUGGCUUGCUUCACAAAAAAAAAUCACAAGAACACUUUUCAAAUGUCUAGAGCAUUAUGUGCAUCUAUCCGUGGCAGUUACAAGGAUGGAGAUUAGCAUUUGCAGGUCAUCUGGGGUAAAUAUAAUAAAUAGAAGCUUAAUUUAUUGUUUGUGUUCGUAUUUAAUUGAGAGUUCAUGACUGCUGGAUACUUAACAGUGUAUAAGUUUUACCUUAUCCUUUCCAUAUGUAUACAGCCUCUUCUAAAUAAAAAUACUUUUUAAAAAUGUAAUCAGGCGAUGGAGUGUGUGUGCUGCUCACAAACAGGUUGCUUUGGGGUGCUUUUUUAGAUUUAAAGUUCUUCCAGAAGUUCACGUACUUCUUGUGGGCAAUAAUUCCAAGGUCCUGGACUACCCUGUAAAAGGA